AGGGAAUGUCGGCGUUACUUACUGAAAGAAAUGGUUUACUCACAGGGAUCAUGGUGGGUAGAGGUGUCCACGAAUCUCUCAUCUAUUUUUUGCAGAUGACAGCCUGGUUUUUUUCAACGCCAUCUCUCGGAAGCCCAUGCAGUACAGGAACUUUUGAGGCUAUAUGAAGCGGCUUCGGGACAGCAAAUUAGUAUAGAAAAAUCGGCAAUGGUGUGCAGCAAGAAUAUUCCAGAGAUAAGAGCGGAAGAGUUGCAAUCUAUUCUCGAGUUCAACAACAUGGAAAAUAACUUGGUCAGCAUGUCCAAAAAAGAGAUCUUUGCAUGUAUAAGGGAGAGGGUUUGGAAGAAAUUGCAAGGGUGGAAGGAACAAUUGCUUUCAAAGGCGGGCAAAGAAAUUUUAAUCAAAGCAGUGGCUCAAUCAAUACCGACAUAUGCUAUGGGCUGUUUUAAGCUCCCCGAAUAUUCAUGCAGUGAGCUGAAAUCACUAGCUUCCAAUUUUUGGUGGGGACAAAAGGAGGGGGCGAGGAAGAUACAUUGGGUUAAGCGGUCUGAGAUGUGCAAAGGCAAAAAAAAUGGUGGGAUGGGAUUUAGGGAUUUGAGGACUUUUAAUAUGGCAAUGCUGACUAAACAAGCUUGGAGAAUUCCUCAUGACACGAAUAUUCUUUUCACAAGGUCUAGAAAGGGAGAUAUUUUCCGUCAACAUCAUUCAUGUGUGCUAAAUUGGGAUACAGACCAUCAUAUACAUGACAGAGUAUUUUAAUGGCAAGGAAAGUAAUUGAAGUUGGCUCGAGAAGGAGGAUUGUUGAUGUUUCCAAAUAUGGUGAGAUAGGUGGAUCCCAACUCCAACUAGCUUUCAAGUGGUGAGUCCUAGGCGGAUUUUGGAGGAGGAGGCCAUAGUUAGUGAGCUUAUUAACCCACAUACGCAAUCUUGGAAAUUACAUUUGAUCGAGGAAGUUUUUAUGGAACAUGAAGUUGAGGUAAUUAAACGAAUAUUGUUGGGCGUUUUUCCUAUUGAUGAUAAGUUGAUAUGGCAUCAUACUAAUAAUGAGAGGUUUCUGUUCGAAGUGCAUAUCACCUUGCCUAUGA